AUGGUCUAUGGUGAGGUGGUCGUUCCUGGCAUGGUAUUUGUAGAAAUGGCAAUGGAGGCCGCCAGAGCGCAUUUGGGUCCGCAGGCUCAGCUGCGAAGCGUGCACAUGCUGUGGCCCUGUGUGGUGCCAAAGGACAGUGACGUUGAUGGCAAGCAGGUGAUCCUUCGCCUUGCGAUCAUAGGCAACAAGCGCUUUGAAUUGCGAAGCCGGGGCCCUGAUGAUGAUGCCUGGACCGUUCACUGUGAGGGGCGUGUCGAAGCUACUGCUGUGGAGACGACGGCACAAACCGUGGACUCGGACAGGAACCAGGAACAUGCUAGCACAGAAAGAGAUGAAGGAGUCAACUCUGCAAGUCUGUACGCGCUUGUCGAUAGAUCAGGGCUGCAUCUGGGACCCAUGUUCCAUGUGUGCUAUGACAUCCGGCGCGAUGCAGAUGGAGUGUCCUGCCAGCUGCAGCUCAGUCCUGAUGUCUCCGGCGAAGGUUACAUUAUUCAUCCAUGCCUCCUCGAUGGCUCGAUUCAUGCAGCAUGCGCAAUGGUGGCUGACGACACGACUCCAACACUGAAGAUAUUUGCAGGUGUCGGAAAAGUUUCCAUACAUACCAGUGAUGUGCCGACGGAUCGCCCGUUGGUGCUGCACUUGCAGCUCACUGAAAACACAGACAAGGAACAGGUCUUUACCUGCCGUGUUUUCAGUCAUUCGGGAUCCCUGUUGUGGCGGCUAGAGGACGUGGUGUUUAGGAAGGUGCUACCUGACCAAGUGCAGAAGGCUGGUGCCAGAAAGACAGCACCGGGCCAGAUCAGCUUCUUUGAAUCGAAGUGGGUUGGCCACAUCGGUGAUGCGGAAAGUGCCCAGGGCUUCUUGCCCUCCAGAAAUUCUGAUGAGCAGUGGCUUUUUCUGGCGGAUGCUGGCUUGCUGGAUUCGCUUAAAGCAGAAGUUGGUGAGGAGCAUGUUUGCUGCACUUCUCUGCCAUGUGUCUCCGAAGACUUUCAAGUUGCACAGAUGGUGUACAUCCCAUCGCCGGAUGAUUCCCCACUUGAUGUUGUGGAGAAUGGUAUUGCUCUGAUUCAGAUGGCAUUGCGCAUGAACGUCAGCCCAGUGGUGUGGUUCGUGUUGCACGCCAUGGAUGCGAGAUCUUUGAAGGGCGAGGCCAUCCCAUGGCAUGCUGGUCUCUGGGGCUUGGCCCGCUGCUUCCGGCUCGAGUCGCCCGGCUCCUUUGCUGGCUGCGUGGACCUCGGCGUCAACUGCAAAGGUUCUGGUGAUGUCAUCGCCAGGCUGCGAAAGUUGAAGCUGCAUCGCCAGAGCGACGUGGAGUUGAUGGAGCCGGAGCUGCUCCUCCACACGGAGCUGCAGAGUCCAAACCUCGCCUUGCUGGUCCAUCGAUUGGAAGACACCAGCGGGAAAUUCCGGAAGGUGGACAUGUCUAGGUAUCGUCCAGGCGAUGGUAGCAUUGCUAUUAGCGGCGGCACCAGCGGCCUGGGGCUUCUGGUUGCUACGUGGUUUGCGGAGAAUGGUGCAGGGCAUGUCGCCUUGCUCUCGCGCACCGGCAACAUUUCACAGGACUCAGAGUUUUGA